UGACACCUCAGUUUGAUACUGGCCAAUAAACUAUUAAGGUACUCGGCGAUAUUGAUUUUUAAUUCGAGAUUGAAACUCCAGGCCAUUCGAGAUUAUUCUUGCAUCUUCUAGAAAUAGCGGACAUUUCGUGAGCUGACGAAAUCAUAUAAAACCGUUUACAGAGUGACUUGUGUUGUGAUUCACUAAAACGCGGUCAGGAAGUGUGGUCUCGUGUGCAUCGUAGAUAAAUAUUGGAACUAUGAGUGACAAUAAUGAUAACAACGCGGUGGCUGGGGCCAUCGGGUAUCCCAGCAGGAGUGAGGAGACACCGGCCCCGGAACCGCUGCCUAUACAGCCGCGCCCGCCCAGGAAUUUACAGGGCCUCUUGCGUUUUGCUAUGGAGGCUACCAAGUCUGAGGAUGCUCCUGGUAACUCCGAAUUUGGCCCGAUGGAUGAAGAGAGAAAGAACUUCCUAGAGGAGGCGCUGAAGAGCAUGACUGCGAACAUGGCAGAAGUUCUGUCAAAGUCAAUCAAGGUUCUGAGUAACCCAGAGCGCAUACAGUCAAUACAGCUUGGUGAAAUGCUUCCUGAUGAUAUAAUAACAGCUUUCAACAACCUCCUAGAAGUGGUGGAUGAUAUUGACAUUGCUAAUGAUUUCUAUAAAAUGGGCGGGUUUGCCAUCUUCCCGGUGUGCUACGGCAGCGAGAACGAGCAAGUGCGCCUGCUGGCCAGCUCGGUGCUGGCGGAGGUGUGUCAGAACAACCCGUACUGCCAGGCGCGCGCGCUGGAGUGCGGGCUGCUGAACGUGCUGCUCAACCUGGUGCUCACUGAGCGCAGAUUGGCUUUGUCCAAGUGCCUCUCAGCUAUAUCUUGCACUGCCCGCGAGUACGACCCGGCGUGCCGUGAGUUGAUCGCGCAGGGUGGCUGCAAGACCCUCGCGCAGCUGCUCACCACCGACGAGCCCAUGGUCAGGACCAAGGCCGCCUUCCUCAUCAGAUACCUGUGCCACAGCUAUCCGGAGGCUAAGAAACAAUUUAUCGAAAUGAAUGUGAUACGGACGAUCGCGGAGCAAAUCAAAGCAGGUCGCGACAACACCUCGGAGCACAUCCUGAGCAUCAUGCUGAUCUUGGUGGAGAAUAAUAACCCAGUCGUACUGGCCCAAUGCCGCGAACCCAGCCUGGACUUAAAACAAACUUUGGAGAAACACCUGGAACACUCUGACCUCAUCUACGAUAUGUUUAGGGAAGAAAAGGAGGCCUGCGAAGAAAUUCUGAAGAAAGUUUUCGAUAGCUACCCUCCCAUUGAGGUUAUUGAAGAAAUUGCUGAUAGGCCCUCAGCGGUAAGCAGUUAGCAUUAUGAAAAUGUUUAUCCUAUGGUGUUAUCAACUACAGGUGCAAAUUUAUUAUUAUCUUUGACAGCUCAAACGUAGUUAUUUUCACAAAUCUUAUUUAUAGUCUAAUAUUGUUACUAUGUGCUAUUUUAAUACAACUUAUAAAAAUUGUUGACAAUUAAAUAGAAAAAAAAAAAAUUACUAGCGGCCAUAACUAAUAAUACAAAAAAGGGGAAAUCAUUAAGAAACCUCUUAACGAUAUAAGAAAUAUUUUACAACCAAAAGUAAAGUAUGAUUAAAAUAUAGCACAAUCAAAAUAUGUUUUGUUGUCCAUACGACUUUCUAGGGCAGUGUGCGAGUGAGAGGCUAAGAGAUGUAAAUUUUGGUACCAUUUUUGAAUCUUGUGCUGGUUGUAUACUGUGAAACUGAAAACUUAUUAGUUUUUGUCUAUCAAUAUUUACUAAUAUACAAAAAAAUAAUUCUAAACUGGUGCUUGUGGCAAGAGCCCAUCACAUACUAUAUUUCUAAGUAAUACCUUCAAAUGAGAAUUUAGUGAUUUAUUUGUUUUAACUUAACUCAAAAAAUUAAAUACAGUAGCAGUGUAAGUAUAUAGAAAUAAAAACGAUGAAUUGUAACGUAGCGACUCAGGUCGUACCGAUAAAUCGUAUUGCAUAUUUUAUUGUGUAUGUAUAAUCUACUUUUACAAAUUGUUUCAAAGUUACUGUCACUUGUAGUGGUUAUUACAAUCUCUAACUCUCAAAUAUCAAGUGAAUAUCUCAGUAGAAAUAACGUAAGUCAUUAUAUUAUAUAGGUAUGUCAUACAAUGUCAAUCUGGUUACAACAGGCCGGCAUAAUUGUGUCGACUGGUGAGGGGUAAUCAUCUCUCGUCAGUCGUCAUUCUAUUGGACCGCACUCCACUAACCAUCAGGUGCAGUGGGGACACUGCCGUGCAUGAAUACAAAAAAAGGAAUGUUAAGAUAAUUAUCAAAUUAUUUGUUUCAUGCAUGUUUCAUGUAAAUCUAAACAGUGGCAUAUCUGUUAAUUAUUCUAAGGUAACUUCGACUUUUCAAUAUUCAACGUGUAAAAUUAUAAAAUAAAGGUAUUGAUAGAGA